GGGCAUUGAGAUAAAGACAGUGAGGAAGAAAUUCAAAGCACUACAGACUGUUGUUUACAACUUCCCGAAGCUAAAGUAUACAUUUAUGUGUAUUUGCCACAUUACGGAAAAUAACCAUUGAUAAUCAAUUUCAAGCGGAAUAGGACAAUCCAAUCAGGUGCUGCAGAUUGAAGCAGAGAUGUUGAAGGUUAAAAUCAAGACUGAGAAACCAGGUGAAACGCUUCUUCUCUCAGACGUUGUUGGAAGGGGCGCUCGGGGCCGUUUGGACGCUGUGCUCCAGGGUCUUGUUGAGAAAAAUGAGAACAGUGAAAGAGAUCACAGCGAGGAUGACACGGGAAAGGUGGCUGCUGACUUAAGCAAGGAUCUUUCACCGUCCUCAGUUGGGAAAAGGCCUUCAGCGCGCUUUCCCCAGCACAGGAGAAAGAAACGCAAGGAAAUGGACGACAGCAUUGCUGAGAGUAAUCAACACAAACAGAAUGCAUACAUCAUCAAGCUGUUCGACCGCAGUGUAGACCUGGCUCAAUUCGGGGCCACCACUCCUCUGUAUCCGAUCUGUCGAGCCUGGAUGCGUAACAACCCCACGGCACGUGACCCCGGCGUGAACUCCAGUCCCCAACAGUCCAUGUCUGAUGAAGAGGUGGUUGACAUGAUAAAUGGCAAGAAUCAAAAUGUGUACCGACUGCCCACGCCUACCCCGUGUCCCACCAACUCGUCGAGAGAGCCGGUUAACUUGAGGAUCCCCCCUGCAGUCAAGACUGUCACGUCCCCCACAGAGACUGCAGAUGCAAGCUUGACUGCUAGUACUUUGAUGUUUAACCAUAUGGCUCGAUGGAAGAAAAUCAGACAAAAGUGGAAGGAUUCCUCCAACAAGAACCAGCUGAGAUAUGCAGAGAGCAUUAAGAUCUUAAAGGAUAUGUACGAUCGCUAAUAUUUUUAUGCUUUUUAACAAAAGUCAAAUAUCGUACCAAACGAGGGAUUAAUGCUAAGUUUUAGUAGAAUGUGUACCAGUGUUCUUUUAGCAAAUCUGCAGCUAUGUUUUAUCAGCGUUUUUAAAAUUCAAGACAAACUUGUAUCUGGCUCAUCUUUUCGGGUCAGGAAGUUAACAUAUAUUGGCAAUACAAUAUUAUUCACUUUCAGCAACUGUGGAAUUGUUUUUCAAUUAUAAUAAUUGUUAAACAAUGAUGACUGUUUACUGUAACUUCUGAGACUGUUUCUUCAAAUAAAAGUGGCACAGCUGAAGGAAAA